AUGGAGGAUAUGGAUUACCCCGACCGUCCCCAGAGGUUUGAUGUCUGCCCCCAGCUCCUCUGCACCCGGGGCCUCACUGAACGCCACUACUGGGAGGCGGAGUGGAGCGGAGCAGAGGUGGUCAUCGGAGCAGCCUUCGGGAGCAUUGAGAGAAAGGACUACGGGGCCAGCUGCAAGAUCGGCCUCAACGCCGAGUCGUACGGCCUGUGGUGCGAGGGCGGCCGACUGAUUGUCAGGCACAAACUGAACAAGACGGAAGUGCGGAUAGGUGCAUCAGAUUGCCGUCGUGUCGGAGUGUACUUGGACUGGCCGGCUGGCACUCUGUCCUUCUACAGCGUGUCGGCAUCUGACUCGGCGCCCGUCCACCUGCACACUUUUCUGUCCCGAGUUGGGGACCCGCCAAAGCCGGGCUUUCCUGAGGCCCUGUACCCGGGCUUCUGGCUCAAAGAGGACGCAACCGUCUCCCUGAUCAAAGUCAUGUGAUAACUAUGCAAAACUAAGCCAAACAGUGCAAUUUGGUCUCUGGUUAAGUUUGUCGAUAGUUCACUAGGCUACUCAAGAGAGAUGGAAGCAAAUCCCA